ACCUUUUGUUGACUCCCACUCUGAUUUUUGCAGAGCACUGUGACUAUUGCUACCAUCUCUUUUUGUCUGUCUCUCACAGUAAUGGACUGUGAUAGGGUUAAGGCCUUUUGGAGGUGAGCUGUUUGAGAGCUGAUGCUUAAACAUGUCUGAAGUAGCUGCCGACACUUUCCCCAGCCCCUCAGCUCAACUGAGCCCUGACACAUCCCUUGACGGGCUCCCAGCUGAGGAGAACAUGCCGGGGACCCAAAGAGAGGACAGGAGGGUCCAGGGGAUAGCAGGCCUUGCCGCAACCUGCUGUGUGUGCCUGGAGGCAGAGCGACUGAAGGGCUGCCUCAACUCUGAAAAGAUCUGCAUCGCCCCUAUCCUGGCUUGCCUGCUUAGCCUUUGCCUCUGCAUUGCUGGUCUCAAGUGGGUCUUUGUGGACAAGAUUUUUGAGUAUGACUCUCCUACCCACCUUGACCCUGGGAGAAUAGGACAAGACCCAAAGAGUGCUGUGGAUCCUACAGCUCUGUCUGCCUGGGUGCCUUCGGAGGUGUAUGCCUCAUCCUUUCCCAUACCUAGCUCCAAGAGCAAGGCUGAAGUGACAGUGCAAAGUGACAGCUCGCUUGUGCCCUCCAAACCAUUCCUCCAGCCUUCUCUAUAUAACCGCAUCCUAGAUAUUGGGUUGUUGUCCUCUGCCGCACCUUCGCUCUCACCAUCUGCCCUGGAGCCUACCACAGCAUCUCAGGCACAAGCAACAGAAACAAACCUCCAAACUGCUCCAAAACUUUCCACUUCCACGUCUACAACUGGGACAAGUCAUCUCACAAAAUGUGACAUAAAGCAGAAAGCCUUCUGUGUAAAUGGGGGAGAGUGUUACAUGGUUAAAGACCUCCCAAACCCACCACGAUACCUGUGCAGGUGCCCAAAUGAAUUUACUGGUGAUCGCUGCCAAAACUACGUAAUGGCCAGCUUCUACAAGCAUCUUGGGAUUGAAUUUAUGGAAGCUGAGGAACUGUACCAGAAACGGGUGCUGACCAUAACUGGCAUUUGCAUUGCUCUUCUAGUAGUUGGCAUCAUGUGUGUGGUGGCCUACUGCAAAACCAAGAAGCAGAGGAAAAAGUUGCACGACCGCCUUCGUCAGAGCCUGCGCUCAGAAAGGAACAAUGUGAUGAACUUGGCCAACGGGCCGCACCACCCCAACCCACCACCGGAUAAUGUCCAGCUGGUGAAUCAGUAUGUUUCAAAAAAUAUUAUCUCCAGUGAGCAUGUCAUUGAGCGAGAAACGGAGACCUCAUUUUCUACAAGCCACUACACCUCAACAACACAUCACUCUGUGACAGUCACCCAGACGCCUAGCCACAGCUGGAGUAAUGGCCACUCUGAAAGCAUCCUCUCUGAAAGCCACUCAGUUCUCAUCAGCUCCUCCAUGGAGAACAGCAGGCACGCCAGCCCAGCAGGGCCCCGGGGCCGCCUCAAUGGCAUUGGUGGGCCAAGGGAAGGCAGCAACUUCCUCCGACAUGCGAGAGAGACCCCUGACUCCUACCGAGACUCUCCUCAUAGUGAAAGGUAUGUCUCAGCUAUGACCACACCAGCUCGCAUGUCACCUGUUGAUUUUCACACUCCAACUUCUCCCAAGUCCCGCCCCUCCAAAAUAUCACCACCGGCUUCCAGCUUGACUGUCUCCGUCCCUUCAGUGGCAGUGAGCCCCUUCAUAGAAGAGGAGCGACCACUGCUGCUGGCAACCCCACCGACACUACAUGAGAAAUACAACCACCACCUUCAGCAGUUCAAUUCCUUCCACCACAAUGCUGCUCACGAGAGCAACAGCCUGCCUCCAAGUCCACUGCGGAUAGUGGAGGAUGAGGAGUACGAGACCACGCAGGAGUAUGAACCAGCACAGGAGCCUCCAAAGAAACUCGCCAACAGCCGGAGGGUCAAAAGAACAAAGGCCAGUGGUCACAUUUCCAGCAGGGUGGAAGCGGACUGUGACACAAGCUCCGAGAGCAGCAGCUCUGAGACCGAAACCGAAGAUGAAAGAAUAGGCGAGGAUACACCAUUCCUAAGCAUACCGAAUCCCAUCGUGACCAACCUGGAGCCAGCCGCUGCCUACCGGCUCACUGAAAGUAGGACUAACCCGGUGAAUCGCUUCUCCACACCAGAAGAGUUGCAAGCAAGGUUGUCCAGUGUGAUAGCUAACCAAGACCCUAUUGCUGUAUAAAAUGAAAAACACAUAGAUUCACAUGUAAAACUUUAUUUUAUAUAAUGAAGUAUUCCACCUUUAAAUUAAACGAUUUAUUUUAUUCUAGCAAUUCCGCUGAUAGAAAACAGGAGAGGAAGAAAACUUUUAUAAAUUAAAUAUACGUAUGUACAAAUGUGUUAUGUGCCAUAUGUAGCAAUUUUUUACAGUAUUUCAGAAAUGGGGAAAGAUAUCAAUGGUGCCUUUAUGUUAUGUUAUGUUGAGAGCAAGUUGUGUACAGUUACAAUGAUGGCUGACCCAUAGUAUUUAGCAAAACCUUCUAGCCCUCAGUUACCCUGGCUUUUUUUGGUUUGGGUUUUUUUGGGUUGUUUUU